AAGGACUGCCCCUGCAGCCAAUGGCCGUGGGACCUGACAAAAUAGACAUCGAAUAUGGGUUCAGGGGGAGGAGUUAUUGCAAUCCUCAUGACGAGUGGUCACUGUGAGAGCUAGAGAUGUCUGAAAGAAAACGGGAAGGGAAAUUAUAUUUUUCCUUGAUCUUUAACUAACUUGCUAGCUAUUCCAAGUGGUAUUUAGAUAGCUAUUCCGGUUUCAUGUUAUUGUUUUUAUGGGUAUGAAAACGUCCAGACAAAGAGAAACAGAACGUGAAGCUCCGUUUUGCUUAAUCACCCUUCUGUUACCAAAAGCAGAUCAUAUGGAAGAAGGGGCACAUUGAAGGAACUCACACAAGCAAGACCUGCAUUCUCAAGUUUGCAGUAUAUACUGGGAUGAUUAUUCUCUUCAUAAGUGGAUAAAAUGCCCUGACUUCCAUGCAAUGGAGGGUUUAAGCUUCUCUAUGGGUUCAGUGGUGAUUCCCAAGACCUUGCUGCGCAUUCAAUGCUUUGGUGCAGCGGUCCUGGGGCUGAUCGUGUUGGUUACGAUGAUCACAGCAGCUUCACCUGCAGCAGUGGACUGUUCUUCGUUGGAUCCCACCGUGUUGGAUGAGUUUCGGGAAGAAGCAUCAAGCUGGACUGAAUCACCCUCAGCCUUAUUUGUUUCACACACUGAGGCCUCUGAGCACCCAGAUGACACUACAACUACAGCUCUCUCUUCACCUGGUCACCUACCACCUGAAUCUACACUAACACUUACUCAAUGGGGUAUUUCAGCUUCUCAAAACUCCAAAUCAUUGACUUCUAGAGAUCCCCUCCCCAUUGGUCCAGACCCUCUCUCCACUCCCACUUUAAGUUCCUCAGAGCCUGUGGUUGGCCUUCAGCAACAACCUAAAGGCCCUACCAGACUUUCAAGGGAGCUGAAGCUCUAUGGUCCUGACUCAACCAUGGCAAUUUUCUCUCCAACCCUUGUUACAGUACCACACCAGAAACCUCUCGGACCACAGUCCAACAAAUCCACAACACCCUUGAACUUAUCUACAGCCACCAGUUGGACUACAUUGGUACAGUUCAUUGUCCCAAACUCUAAUGAGAGAGCUCCAGAUGAACCUCCAUUAUUAUCCCCCAGCAACCAGCAAGACGCAUCAAAACAGACAACCCCUGCAUUUAUGACAUCACUUCCUGUUGGACCCCUCGGCCAGCCUAGACUGCCUGUUGACGAUCUGGUAGAUGUAGAAGCCCAGUCAGACCAAGCCAGGCCAGAGUCUAAACCUAAUCCAGACAUGUCCCAGAGUUUAAGCGAUCUCUUGCUGGUUCCCAAACUGCCCCUUGAUCCCUCAAGUAGGUUAAUCUAUCUGGAUCACCUUCGUCCCAGCAGUGAGCUCAUGCAGAAGGGCAAUGCUGCUCAGGAUAUCCACAUGCUCCCAAAACCAUCACCUGAGAUGCAGCUGGCUCCCAGCUACGUGCCUUUUCUGAACCCUCACACCACGUCCUUCUCGUCCGAGCCCACCAUGGUCCCUCCUGAGGACUUCUUCCCCACCAACACCAUGGUGGUGGAUUGGGGCUCCGGAGACUACCCGGAGACUGCGUCCUACAUGGGCUUGGAAAGGGACGACUUCUCCCUGGUCACCAAUCUGCCCACAGACAUGUACGACCUGGAGGACUCCAACGCGGAAAGCUACGACACCUCCUUCCCCUCCAGGGUCGGCGUGUCCUUCUCCUCGAUGCGUCACAUGACGUCUUCACCUAGUCUCACAACAGCGGCUUACAGCUCUAGCGUCGGAAGUGUGGCCCCCACGUCCGUUCCUCUCCCGAUCCAUCCCUCUCCCAGUCACCCCACGCUAGCCUCAACACAAAUACCAACACCUCAAGGGGAUUUACCAGGAGGUUCAGAUGUUGACUGGACAGAUACCUUUAUGGUUGAACCAACAGACCUCCUCUUACCAGACAUGAAUAGCCUGGAGUACUACACCAUCCAGCUGACCAAGGAUGACUCAGAAGAACACAGGGGCACUAACGUGACCACCACCUCCAGGCAUUUCUCCCUGAUGUCCAUCAGCACCACGCACAUCGUGGCCACUAGCACCUUCACUGUGGACCUCAGCCACAUGCUUACAGCCUUCUAUGGAGUAGAUGGAGUGGAGGUCCAGCCUUCUGACAACACUUCCUGGAUCGAAGAGUCCUCCACUGAUAUCUCCAGCUCAGAGCCUCUGAAUACAACCACAGCAAACACUAUGGAGAUGACUCCGCUGAAUGUCUCAGUGCCAUUCUUGGAGGCUUCAGUAGUGCCAACUCCCUCCAUGGACCUCUCGUCCUCCCUGUGGGGUGUCACUGGUCAGGUAUCCGGUGAAUGGACGAGCCCCGUGGCCACCUCCAGUGUCGGACUGGACAACAGCUCUGUCUUAGUGUCAGUGCAGCCUAGUGCUACUGCCUCGGAGACAGACAUCCUGUGGUACGUCUCUCCCUCCGCCACAGAGACGGCCCUCCUCAGCACCUCUCUCGUAACUCCUGUGGUGACCACCUCUAUCGCCUUCUCCCCAUUUCCCGGCCAGACAGAAUUACCCCCCAAUGUCACCUCAGGCCCGACAGAACCAGCCACCAAUGCCACCACCAUCCCCCCGGUGUCAGUCAUGGCUGACCAAGGCGUUGUUACUGAUAGUCCUGUCACAGCAGUGACAAACGACAGCCAGACUACAGUUAGCGGUGUAGACAUUUCCACAACUGAUCCUGCCACCACCACCACCACUACUACUACCAGCAUCACUACUGAGGCCUCUACAACCACCACUCUGGCCACCACCACUACCCUCCUAACUACUACUAAGAGCCCACCUACAACCAUAGGCCGCCAGUACCUCUGUAACGUCACCAAGCCUGUGUACUUUGUUGAAGUCGGUUUUCCGCCUGGGGCCACUGUUGGAUAUGCCAAAUCCCAAGUCCGAGAUGUCCUGAAGACAGAAUUCAAUAAGUCAGUUGAACUGCAGGUUGCUAAGAAUCCUCCAGACUUUGUGUUCCGGGCAGUGUCGGGUCCUGUGGUGUACACGGCCAUAUCAGUCAUCAACGCCCUACGCCAAUCAAGUCGAGGCUUCCUGUCCAUCUCACACUACUGGAAGGUACCAGACCACCAGUACCAGGUCCACUCAGUGCUGCAGUUUGUGCCCAGGCACAUUGACGUGCGCGUCUGCAACUUCAGCGAGCGCAUUGAGAAAGGCCUGACCAUGGCGUAUGCCGAAGUGCGCCGGCGCUCGCAGGAGUCCACAAACUUCACUGUGGAUAUUCUGAACAUCACCAUGAACCAGCCAAGUAGUCAGCAAAGGGAGCCGGUGGACGUGACCUUUGCGGUGCGUGGGGCCAUAGGCUACCUGAAGGGGUCAGAGGUCAGCAACCACCUGAGGCUGCUCAACAUGGUGGAAUUCAGCUACUACCUGGGCUUCCCCGUGCUGCAGAUCGCCGAGCCUUUCCACUACCCGGAGUUGAACACCACCCAGUUGCUUCGCUCGUCUUGGGUUAGAACAGUGUUGCUGGGUGUGCUGGAUCAGGGGGUGGACGAGCGGACCUUCCAGGCCAAGAUGGAACGUCGUGUGGCCCUGCUGCUAGGAGAAGUGCUGGGGGCGGCCAGGCGCACCAAGAGGGCCACCAGCGUGGCUAACCACAGUGUUCAGAUUGUGAGUACGACCAGGCUGGUGGGAGCGGAACACCCCCUGGAGAUGGUGUACUUUGUGGAGGGUCCCAGCGGGGAGCGGCAGCCUGCAAUCACUACAGCCAACCUGCUGAACCGUCUUGACGUGCAGAGGGCAGCCAUCAUACUGGGAUACAGAGUGGAGGGCAUCCUGGCUACACCUGUGGAGAAGGUGGCGGGCUACCCUCCCACGGACACGGAGAACACCAGCGUGUGGAUCAUUGUCGGCGUGGUGGUGCCGCUAGGUGUGGCCGUCGUCAUCAUCUCCAUCCUGUACUGGAAGUUGUGUCGCACCGACAAGCUGGAGUUCCAGCCCGACGCCAUGACCACUGUCCAGCAGAGACAGAAGCUCCAGGCUCCCAGUGUGAAGGGCUUUGACUUUGCCAAGCUGCACCUGGGCCAGCACAGUAAGGAUGACAUCAUGGUAAUCCAGGAGGCCGGCGCCCCCGGCCCUCCCCUGCCCAACCUCAGCUCCAAGGAAGCUGCAUCUGAGUACGGCGACGUCCCCACCCCUAAGUCAAAGGGGACCUCCGUCUCCUCCACCAAGGCCUCCCGCAGCGCACGCAGACGAGGAAGGAUCUCUCCAUCGGAUGGGGACUCCAUGGUGAGUGCUGGGUCCAGUGAUCGUGAGAGGGAGUCAGCCGAGGAGAACCUGAGAGCUAUCGCCACGCCAAACGACAGCAAGCAGGCCCGCAAGAUCCCCAUCAAUGUUUUAAAUGGUCCUCCACCCAUGAACGGCCAUGAUGAGCAGCUGUCGUCGGCCUCCAUCUUCGAGCAUGUGGACCGCAUGUCCCGCUCGGCCGAUGACAGCCGCCGCUUGUCCAAUAAGAUCCAGCUGAUCGCCAUGCAGCCCAUGGCCUUCCCAGCCCGGCACCACGGUGCAACUGUCAACGGUAUCAAUGGUAGUGGGCAAGAAACACACAACAUCUUCAACAAGGAGACCCAGGUGGCGUUGAGGCACAAGUCUGAGAUCGAGCACCACCGGAACAAGAUCCGCCUGCGGGCCAAGAGGAAGGGUCACUAUGACUUCCCUGCCAUGGACGACCUGGUGGACAACGGUCUGACCACUGACCCCAAGGACCAGGACCGCAUCUACCACAAGGCCCAGAUGCAGAUCGACAAGAUCCUGGACCCCGACAUCCACAUGGCCUCGCUGUUCAUGGAGCCUAAAAAGAGUGGCAGGGGGAGGCGUUCUCCCAAGCAGAAGAAGAAGCACCAGCUGAACGGCAGCCUGACGGACGCAGACAAGGACCGCCUCAUCUCCAACGACAGCGACGGCACCUACAGGAAAUACCCUGGGGUCAACAACGUGGCCUAUGUGUCGGACCCUGACCAGGCCCCAGAGUCCGGGACCCCCUCCCCCAACGACGACGUCUUCCUGGGCCCCAACUCGCCCCCUCCGGGGCAUGCCCCUCCUCCGCCCCCCUACAUGCCCCCCCAGCCUUCCAUCGAGGAGGCCCGGCAGCAGAUGCACUCUCUGCUGGACGAUGCCUUUGCCCUGGUCUCCCCCAACUCCCAGGGCAGCACGGCCGGCCUGACCCAAACUGGUGUCAACUCCAACCUCCCCAGCUCCAGCCCCCCACCCCGCGGUGGAACCCGCCCCUGGGGCUCGUCUUACCCAGCACUCAGCCCCUUCUCCUCGAGAUACGCUGAGUUAGGAAUGUCCCCUCCUUCAGUCCAAGGCUUACUACAGCGACAGGGCCAGGGCUCCAGCUACCUGCCACCAGGUGACCCAGGACAUGUUGACCAGCUCCCCCCAGACAGCCACUAUUCCACCAGGGGCCUGUACACUGAAGACCUCCCCUUCUCAGCCAGGCCACGACCAGUAGGGGGCACCACAGGUGCCCAGCUCCAUCACCUGACCCAGAUGGGUCUUGGGAGCAGGAUCAACGGGGGGUACCCGGCGGGGAGCAGGGCCCCUCCAGGUCAGACUGGAGGUUCAGGGUGGGGGCCAUACGCUGACGAUGACUUCAGACCCACCAGAGACCCUGUUCUUCUGGGCUACCCUGACUACUCCUCCUCCUCUAUGUUCCAGAUGCCUAGUAGAAGUGCACUAAGGGAGCCCUCAUCCCCCCUGGCCCACCUGGAAACACACACAACCGGAUUCGGCUACCCUCCAGAGGAGUCCUGCUCUCCCCCCAAUCACUCCUCUGCUUCCCUCAUCAAGGCCAUCAGGGAGGAGCUGCUGCGCCUCUCCCAGAAACAGCAAGCCGUGCCCAGCUACCACAGCUGAUCACAGAUGGCCUCCUCUGGUCCUCACUGAACCUUAACCUCUAAGUCUACAUCCACCAGUCAUACCACUGCCCCUGCCUGCCUGCUCCAACCUAGCAAUGCUUCCCAUGGAAGUUCCGUUGUACAGGAGGAGAAAGACAAGACCGUACUGUCUUGGGGCGGCAGGUAGGCUAGCGGCUAGAGCAUUGGGCCAGUAACCGAAAGGUUGCUGGUUCGAAUACCCGAGCCAACAAGGUAAAAAAAAUCUGCCGAUGUGCCCUUGAGCAAGGUACUUAACCCUCAUUUGCUCCAAGGGCGCCAUACUAAAAUGGCUGACCCUGGAAAACAACACAUUUUAUUGCACCUAUCUGCUGGGCUGGGUAGAAUGAGGAGAUUGUUUCAUAUGACAGCUGGUAGCGUAAGCAUGGCUAAAAUCAUUAUAUGAAUGAACUGUUCUCUAGGCUCUGGAUCUUAGCCUCUGGCUUUCUUAACCCAGACUGUCCUAUGGCAUACAGUAUACUGGACCAAAUGACCCUAGUGGUUAGAAGGAGAAGGUGAAUGGUCCCUUGCUCUCCAAAGCCUGGCCAUGACCGCUGAUCCUAGCCCCGUCUUUUAUUUGAGGUGUUGUUGCUUUCUUUUCUUUUGAAACCGCAUUCUAGACUCUCUGUGUGACGAUAAUAAGCAAUGUGGUUUGAUUCUCUCAUCCUGCCUUGACAUCCUAACAACAUUUUACCCUACAGUGGAAUUUCUCUACCAGUAGGACAUCUGUCAUUUCGGCUCAAACAUUGAUACCUAUGUUACCUUUAACAAUGAGGCAUCUUACCAUUACCAUGAGGUAUAUUUUAGUUUUUUGAAGAGCUUCUUACUUCUCCUCCAUCUUCCUUUGGUGCUUCUUUCUACGCUUUGUGUUUUCCGUCAUGAUAUUGAUUUGCGCAACUCUGUCAAAACACGCCCCCGGUGCAGGAUUACAUUGUUUUCCGCCACGAGCCACACAAUGCCUUGUGUUAUGACAGCGUGAGGGAGUUCAACGGUCUCCAUCUAAUGUACAGCUCAAAUCAGAGUUCAGAGCAGACAACACUGGAUACAGAGAGACAGAGACCCGCAAUAAACAGACUGCAGCAACUCCCAUGCAGAACUCUACCGAUGCAGUCGUUGAACCAGAGAUAUUUAAUGACUGAGCACUGCUAGGUUUAGUUUGUCACUCGCCCCACUCUACGUGAGCCUUGUUUAGAUUUUGUGUUGCUUCAGCACAAUGUCCACGUUUGUACUAAUAUAUCCAGGUUACUGAUGAUGCUACCGUAUUAAUAUUAAGACUCUUUAAAUACCCAUGUAUGGUAAACUACGCUCAACAAAAAUAUAAAUGCAACAUGCAACAAUUUCAAUGAUUUUACUGAGUUACAGUUCAUAUAAGGAAAUCAGUCAAUUGAAAUAAAUUGAGUAGGCCAUAAUCUAUGGAUUUCACAUGACUGGAAGUACAGAUAUGCAUCUGUUGGUCACAGAUACCUUAAUAAAAAGGUAGGGGCGUGGAUCAGAAAACCAGUCAGUAUCUGGUGUGACCACCAUUUGUCACCACAUCUCCUUCACAUAGAGUUGAUCAGGCUGUUGAUUGUGGAAUGUUGUCCCACUCCUCUUCAAUGGCUGUGCGAAGUUGCUGGAUAUUGGCUGUAACUUGAAGAAACUGUCGGACACGUCAGUCCAGAGCAUCCCAAACAUGCUCAAUGAGUGACAUGUCUGGUGAGUAUGCAGGCCAUGGAAGAACUGGGACAUUUUCAGCUUCCAUGAAUUGUGUACAGAUCUUUACGACAUGGGGCCGUGCAUUAUCGUGCUGAAACGAGGCGAUGACGGCAGAUGAAUGGCACGACAAUGGACCUCAGGAUCUCUCUGCAUUCAAAUUGCCAUCGAUAAAAUGCAAUUGUGUUCGUUGUCCGUAGUUUAUGCCUGCCCAUACUAUAACCCCACCACCACCAUGGGGCGCUCUCUGUUCACAUCAGCAAACCACUAACACAUGACACCAAACACGCUGUCUGCCAUCUGCCUGGUACAGUUGAAAGCGGGAUUCAGCCACAAAGAGCACACUUCUCCAGCGUGCCAGUGGUCAUCGAAGGUGAGCAUUUGCUCACUGAAGUCGGUAACGACACCGACCUGCAGUCAGGUCAAGACCCUGGUGAGGACGACAAGCAGGCUGAUGAGCUUCCCUGAGACGUUUGACAGUUUGUGUGUAAAUUCUUCGGUUUUGCAAACCCAAAGUUUCAUCAGCUGUCCGGGUGGCUGGUCACAGAUGAUCGAGAUGCCAAAUUCUCUUAAACAACAGUGGAGGCAGCUUAUGUUAGAGCAAUGAACAUUACAUUCUCUGACAACAGCUCAGGUGGACAUUCCUGCAGUCAGUAUGCCAAUUACACACUUCCUCAAAACUUGAGACACCUGUGGCAUUGUGUUGUGUGACAAAACUGCACAUUUUAGAGUGGCCUUUUACUGUCCUCAGCACAAGGUGCUGUUUAAUCUGCUUCUUGAUAUGCCACACCUGUCAGGUGGAUGGAUUAUCUUGGCAAAGGAGAAAUGCUCACGAACAGAGAUGUAAACUAAUUUGUGCACAACAUUUUAGAGAAAAUAGCUUUUUGUGUGUUUGGAAAUAUUUCAUUUCAGCUCAUGAAACAUGGGACCAACACUUUACAUGUUGCGUUUAUAUUUUUGUUCAGUGUAGACAGUAGGACCACAGUAUUAUAGUUUUUCUCUAUAUAUUAUACUAAGGUCAUUUAUUGAGCGCACAGGACCAAAUAUGUAUAAUCAUUAAUUUAUGAAUUCAUUUGUAGCAUUUUAUAAUGUUUUCUGACCGGCAGGCCUAAAUCAAAAUGAUUGACAGGACUGUACUAGGGAAUUGCUGUGUCUUCUCUAUUUUAUGAAGUGGAUAGAUUCGACCACGCAUUCUUAUCCACUCAAUGCACUGUAUACAGAUUACUGGGUGCACCUUGGCUUUUCCCAGUGAAUAUCCUGCAGGCCACACCAACUCAAAUGUAGUUGAAAGAUUCAUAGGUCAUUCAAUGAAAGAUUCAUAAGGUCAGGUCAAUGAAGCAUUGUAUUGCUCAAGGAAAUGCUGUCUUUUCCCUGCUGAAAAACAGGGCCAGUGGUCACACACUGUCAGUCUAGGGUUAUUCUUAUUUCAUUUCCUCCUUUUUCAAUGCAGUAUUGAAAUGUUUAACGCUGUUCUUUAGCCACCGCAUUUUCAGAGUUUGAAAGGAAUCUGGAACUCAUGUACUGUAUUGUAAUUAUUCAACGUUUACUGUUCACAGUUAACCUGUCAGCGUCAGAUGUGUUGUGUGUUUCAUGGGUUUUCUUUAAUUCUUGGAUGACCUUGCCUCAUGUUUUUUUGUUCCUCCUCGAUGUGUCUUUGUUCAAUAUUUUUUUUAUUUAAUUUUGUUCGAUUACAUUUGAUGGAAACUCCCCACACAUUGCUAUGCUGUGGGGAUUGAAGCGAUAUUUUAUUUAAAUAAAAUAAAAGAGAAAGUAUUGAUUUUGGUUGCAGGGUUGAGAAAAAAAAAAACAUUUAUUCACUGACUUGGACAAAGUAAUAAUAUACCAGUGUUGAACAUUGUCCCAAAGGUUACCGCCAUAACACAAAAACAAACAGAGAAAAUAUGAAAUAUGGAACCAAACUGCACCAGCUACUGUCAUGUACAGUAGACACACACUACUUACUAUCCCACUGAGCACAUACUGGUUGAAUCAACAUGGUUUCCACGUCAUUACAAUGAAAUUAGGUUGAACCAACAUGGAAUAGAUGUUGAAGGAACGUUUCCAACAUGUGCCUUAUGGAUCCGCCCUCCCUUUGAUGGUCUCCCACUAAUGUCUACCAUCCUGUCUCACACUGCCUGCCUGCCUGCCUGUCUGCCUGUCAGAUGGAGUCUUAACCAGGCUCUGUUCACUCCAACAAGCACUGACUGUAUGAGAUCGUAGUACAGUACUGUAUGGCAUUUUGCAACUACUGUAGUUGGAAGGUUGUUAAAAGGAUUUUCUCUCAACAAUGGUUCUAUUGGUCUUAGCAGGUGAUGCUACAGUAUGUCAUCGUUAAUUAAGCCCUGUGCUUAUUUAAACAGUGUUUCUGGAUGUAGUCGAAGAUAUACUCCCAUGCAGUUGGAUUGUAAACGGAGUUACCUGAAGUGAUUUCACCUCUGGUUGGUGUGAUUGGCUUCGAUCACGGCACUGUACUAUACUGUACUAUCCUGUACUCUAUGCCUCCACCUGCUGGUAUUGUAACCCCACUGCACCUCAUGUCGUUCAUGUGUUUUUUUCCCCCUUUAUGUUUGGCUGUUGUGUCUUGUUGUAUUGUGAAGGUCAUACUUUAUGUUGGCUGGCCCAACUAUGUUUUACGUGUUUAUUUGUAGAGUUGCAUGUGUCAUUCAUGUAAGGCUGUAUAUGGUUUGUUUUCCAUUUGUGUUGCCCACGCUGUUCCGAAAAAAAAAUGAUAGCUUUUAAAAACCGAUGAAACCUAA